UAUUACUUAACCAUUUUUUAAAAUCUUGAGAGUAUUAGACUGUCUUUUUUUGCAACAUUAAUGCUAAAUACAAGCAUUUAACUGCUUUGCUAGACGUCUCUGUUGUUUUGCAUUUCCUUAAAAGGCCUAUAUUCCUGUGAUGUUGCGUUUAUGUGCCGUCUGUUCGACUUUACUGCACUGCAUUUUGCACUUUCUCGUUUGCUCUAAAUAGGCUGGUGUGAUUUUUUUUCUUUAAAAGCCACAAAAAAAAAAAACAACAACCCAAAGACUGUUCUGCCCUCACGCAUUUAGAUGGCGAUCUAGCACUCCGGACAGUUGCAUCAGUUCCUGUGUGUGCGCAUAAAAAAACGAAAAGAAAAAGGAGACUGUGCCGUGGCUGCUCCACGCUACUUUUUAUUCCCAGGACGCAGAAUAGUAAUAAAUCCUCCUCUGCUAAAGGAAAAAAAAGGCUGUGAUCAUAAUAAAGACGUCACCCUCCUGCUCGGGUUGGUUCAAGCGAGCCAAGUGCGCAGCUAUUUGUAAGCUAACAACAACAACCUCCAGCACCAUGCCCGUGGAUAACGUAGGGAUUUCUGUAAGAUCCCCUCGCCGUGUGGAGACGAGAUCUGCGUCAGAUCCAUAGCAAGAGGCAGCCUUUUAAAUUGCUCCGGAUCUGCCUUCUUUAAAAAUAUAUACAGAGAGAGAGAGGGGACUUGAUCGCGUUGUGGGCUGUUGUCGCAACAAAUAGGACGCAAGACGAGGAUUUUGAAGAGUCAUGGAGGAAACAGCUGCAGCAGCCCCAGCCCCUAGCACCGGUGUCACCCCACCAACUCCAAGACCUCAACCUACCUCCUUCGUACCCUCCCGCAGCCUGCUAGAGUGGAGACGGAGGGUCAAGUCGGAGUACAUGCGCCUUCGCCAAUUAAAACGCCUUAAAAAAGCAGAAGAGGUCAAGACCCUGUUCAUGUCCAACCGGCAAAAGAUUGAGGAGCAGACGAAUCUCCUGAACUCAGAGUGGUCCAAGCUCAGGAUUCAGUCCAUUCCUCUGUCAACUUCUAGCGGAGCUCUGGCUAACAAGAAGAUGUGCACAGUCGAGUUCGGCUUCCCUGGAUUCAAAGCUCAAGCCAUCGCCAUGAGGCCGCUGUCAACGGUUGCAGGAAUCCCCUUCAUGUACUCCUGGUCGCCUCUGCAGCACAACUUCAUGGUAGAAGAUGAGACGUUCCUGCACAACAUCCCCUACAUGGGUGAUGAGGUGCUGGAGCAGGACGAGGCCUUUCUGGAAGAACUCAUCGACAACUAUGAUGGUGUCCAUGGUGACAGAGAGGGUGGGUUCAUCAGCGACGAGAUCUUUAAAGAACUUGUGGAGGCCUUGAGCCAGUACUCUGACCAUGAGGAGGAGGAAGAGGAGGAGGCGGCAGCAGCACCGGCAACGGUGGAGGUGACGGUGAAAAAAGAUGACGAGAGAGUGAUGAGGAGGAGCGCAGUGGAGGGUUCUGAAGAAAAUAAAGCCGGAGCUGUGACGUUCAUCAGGAGGAAGAGGAGAAGCACUGCUGACGUGAGGGACGUGUCCAGCAGCAAGAAGAUCCCCAACGAUCAGAUAUUUACAGCCAUCGCCUCAAUGUUCCCCUACAAGGGCACCACGGAGGAGCUGAAGGAAAAGUACAAGGACCUCUUGGAGCCCCCCAGCCCAGUGAAGCUGCCUCCCCUCUGCACCCCCAACCUUGAUGGACCUUUUGCAAAGUCUGUGCAGAGGGAGCAGUCAUUGCACUCCUUCCACACUCUCUUCUGCAGACGUUGCUUCAAAUACGACUGCUUCCUUCACCCUUUUCAUGCCACACCCAAUGUUUACAAGAGGAAGAGUAAGGAGAUCCGCAUGGAGACUGAACCAUGUGGUGUGGACUGCUUUCUGUUACAGAAAGGGGCAAAAGAGUUUGUGGAUCAGAACAUGUUACGAUCACAGAGAUCUCGGAGACGACGGAGACAGCAGCGUCCCACCAGUUCCACUUGUCCUGGACCGUCCGGGUCCCCAGAGGAAGGCAAAGAGGGCGACAGUGACCAUGAAACCACCUCCUCCUCAGAGGGGAAUUCACGGUGCCAGACUCCCACUAAGCCACAUCCAGGGGAUGAGGACGGGGAGCAGCAGGCGUGCUGUGUGGUCCAGUGGAGUGGGGCAGAGGAGUCGCUGUUCAGGGUGCUGCACGGCACAUACUUCAACAACUUCUGCUCCAUCGCUCGCCUUAUCGGUACCAAGAAUUGCAAAGAGGUAAAAUACUCACUUUGCAGUGAAGAGGUUCUGAUUCAUCGUGUUCCUUUGGAGGAUGGAGGAAUUCUCCCUCAGAAGAAGAAACGAAAACACAGGUUAUGGGCAAAGAUUCAGCUAAAGAAAGAUAACUCGUCCAAUCAGGUGUACAACUAUCAGCCAUGUGACCACCACCACCCCUGCGACAGCUCCUGCCCAUGUGUGAUGACCCAGAAUUUUUGUGAGAAGUUCUGCCAGUGCGAGCACGAGUGCCAGAACCGCUUCCCAGGCUGCAGGUGUAAGACUCAGUGCAACACUAAACAGUGUCCCUGCUACCUGGCUGUGAGGGAGUGUGACCCAGAUCUGUGCAUGACCUGCGGUGCUGCCGACCACUGGGACAGCAACAGCUCCUACUGCUACGCUAAAGUGGUGAUGGUGAACGGACACCGCAUCGGAAUCUUCGCCAAACGAGCUACGCAAGGAGAGGAGCUCUUCUUUGACUACAGAUACAGCCAAGCAGAUUGCCCUCAAUAUGUGGGAAUAGAGAGGAGGUAGACAUGGCUUAGCUUCAUCAUCUGCCCGCCUCCCAUAACCUCUCCGUAACUCCUUCAGCCUCCCACUAAUGCUUCUGUCCUUCUCUGCAGCAUCACAUCUAGCUGACAAAGUCUCUAUUGACAGUCGCUGUCUCUGCCUCUCUGCUGCACUUCCAAAAAUAGAAAAGUCCCUCCCUGCGGUUUGCAGGUGCUGCUGCUGCACUGCAAACGCAGCACCAUCUCCUCUUCAUCUGCCCAGAACCCACCCACCUACCUGUAAGACUGUAUACGCCAAGCUUAUUAAACUAAACUAUUUAAAGUGGAAAUACUAUUAAUCGGUAUCGCUUACUGACCAAGAGGAUCACACGUUAUUUUUUUUUAUUUUUAUUCCAUCUUGUCAAAGCAAAGAGGCUGCAAUUACCCAUUACUCAGUGUGUUACCCUCCGCAGUUUUGUUACUGUACUUAUAGACUGGCUUUUGUUUGACAUCUCAAUACGUAACGCAAGUUUAAACCAGUGAAAUGCAUGUGCUGUCUUUUGACAAAACCAUCCGUUAAACAUGUUUAGCCACAGCAUUAGCUUCAGUCAGAUGCUGUUUCCUGUGCAGUCACUCAGUAUUGUAGUAUGAUGUACCCUCUGACUGUUCCACAGAGAAACGUGAUCGGGGUUCGGCAGCUUGAUUUGUUCCCCUGUGAACCUUUCAGUGGCUAGCAUCAACACCACGUCUUUAUGGUAAAAAAAGAAAACUAAGUUAAUGUGCAUUUAUAUCAUUGUCUGCAAAAAUAGGCAACCAGACGAGAAACCGACUGACUGAUGUAACCCGUAGAUGGUGGUGAAGAGAUCUCAUCCCUUCUUUCGUUUUCCGCAUGAUCCCAUUAUGGUACUCGGAGCAAAAGGUUAUCAUCACGUUACAUGAUCUUGAAACCUUCACACUUAAUAAUUAUGACAUAAACCAGUCACAGAGUAAAUGUCUUCCUUUUAAAAAUCAAAAAAAGUGCCAAAAUAAGUCCACACAGAAAAGUGCUGCAAUGGAUAUGGCCUUGUUGCAUAAUUAGCAAUGCUGUGUUGAAGGUAAGCUUUACAAGGAAUACAAGAAAAUUGUCGCGUUUGACCAAUAUUGAAUUCCCCACAUGUGAAUGUAAAAUAUCAUUUCUCAUUGUUUUUAUUUGUUUUUUUUACAUCACAUUUGCCCAUUCGCCCUGUUUUUCAUUUGUAAAACAUUUUUAAAAAGCCCACUAUGAAAUGAGAUCUUUCUCAGUAGAGAUGAACAAAAUGGAGUUUAAUGCUAUGUACAGUGUAUGCCUAUAAAAAUAAAACUUUAACUUUAUACAUUAACAA